AUGGCUGGUCCAUCAAAUGCAAAAGGAUCAACUUUCAUUCAAGUAGAUGUUCAUUACGAUGAAAUGUUUUCCCCCAUUCCUCAUCGUAUAUACUACAUGAAUCAAAAUACUUCAAUUACAUAUGUCGAUUUUGGUGGAUUAAAUUUCAAGGAGUUCAUUUAUGUUCUUGAGGAUGUCACAAAGGGGAAGUGUCCUGAUGUCUACUACUGUCUUGGGCACAAGUCAAUGCGUGAUGGGUUGAGACCACUGAGAAAUGAUGAUGACUACAGGAGGUUUCUUGAUGAUUCACAUGGUAACGAGGGAAAGAUUAAUGUAUAUGUUGAUCACUACAACGAUUUGGUGCUUGACUGGAUAGAGGAAGAAAAGGAAGAAGAAGGUAUUGAUAGUGAAAGCUUUAAUGAAGAUAAGGACUCAGUCAUGUCUAAUGCUCUAUAUGUUGAUCAUGAACCCGAUGAAGAGAUAAUGGAACCAAACAAGCCCCAAUUUAUCCUUUUCAUGACACAACUCAGAAAUGGGAUACAAUGCAACCCAUCCUUGGUUGCUAGUCAGGUGUUGUAA